UUUGCAUCCAAUACCCUACCUACAUAGCACCUUGCGAGCCACGAUCAAAAACAAUAAGGUCUUGGGCAUCAACGUCGCAAUUUUGUUUUCCAUCUCUUUGUGCUGCACAACAUGGGGAAGCCAACAGACGCGACGACCCCGCUGGCGGAUAAUGCACGCGCCGGCGCCCUGCCGCUGACGACGAACCCAGAAACCCCUAGAAAUGGAGGCAGCAGUAGCAACAAUGAACCUCUAGUUCAUGACACCGAUUACGGCUUCCCGCCGCGCACACACGACGGCGAUGAUGACGAUGACGAGCUCCCGCCCCUGUAUUCCGAUGUCGCCGAGUCCAGCGCCCUUAUUCCCCCAUCCCAGUACGCACAGCCGGCGUCGUCUCCGAAUGGCCCUUCGCUUGUGCCUGUCUUUUCGGUGGACAACAGUACCAAAAACGAGUACUACAUGUCCAGCGAUCUCGACAGAGAUCCAUCACUCCUCGAACAACACGUCCUAGCGUGGUCAAAAAAACCGCCACGUACCUUCAUUCAGGUCCAUGGCUCGCACACCGAGACAAGAUCGGAGAACGGCGGGUCGAACAAUAGAACGAGGACGAUUGUCGAUUUCAACGUGCGCGUUGACAUGACGCCUUACCUCUACACCGACCUCGCCAGGGGCACUUCUACGUGGGCCGGCCUACGCACGGUCGACAACGACGAGAAGGUGAAGCGUGGCACUUCACUGGCGCGGCGCGCUCCUGGGGCUCGAAAGAGGCACCGUAGGAGGAGCGGGCUGAGACUCGAGGAUGCUGGCGACUCUAUGGGGGAGAAGCCAUCGCUGACCGAGUGGUGUCAUCGCUACUGCGCCAGCUCUGCAGGCCUCAAGGUGUUUUGCCUCCAGAAGCGGGUUGUCGGAGUCGACAAGGAUCUGCUCAUAGAGAGACUGCAUAGCCUCGUGAGAAGCACAAACUACCGAGGCAACGUCACCAUAUCCUUCCCGACCGAGGGCGGAUGGGUGGAGGUGUACAACGAUUGCAAAGUCAACGAAUGGCGGUUCAAGACUUGGAUCAGGCUGCUGACCUUCUUCACCCUGACAAUUUUGCUUACAUUUCCUUAUUUAUUUUUCCGGACCAAGCGCUUCGAGACCGUUGUUGCUGAGUGGCCCUUUUCAAGACCGGUACGGGACGGGUCGACAGAUAGGGAGUACGCGAGCCUCACUGAAGACCAGCUGUACGGACUGUGGGGAGCAGCUAUCCAUUCGGCGGUGAUCAAUAGACGACAAUGUAUACUGGACCAGCAGGACUUGGCAAAUUCGCACGCCCAGCCUCGAGGUGUUACGACGGGAAUCCACAGGAUUGUUGCUACUGGCAUUCAGGCCAUGAACGUGGUAGACCAACAAUUUGGUUGGGGCGGUAACAGCUAAAUCCCGUUCGUCUGAUAUAUUGGCUUUUUAUUGUUUUACAGCCGAGCUUGCGUCAAAAACUGUUUUGGCUGUACUCUAUUCUUCCUGUCUGCCUACCUACAUUCCAGUUUGAUGUUCAAUUGCGAUCACCAAGAAAUGGAGAAUUGCAGCUUCAGACUUUCAGCGAAGAGAACUCUAGAAAUAUCUAUUGAUUCUGCCUCCAAGAAAUAAUAUACCAUUCCUCCUCGUCAGACAAAGCUCUGUUCCUGGGUUAGGGGUUACUCUUUUCUCGAGGAAACCGAAGAGACUAGAAAGUGGGGCCUCAUCCGAUAUCAACCCAAUCAUCGAUUGCGAUAACCCCCCAUAAUCCAUCGAAGAGCCUAGAAGCUUGUCGCACACUAGAAAAGCUCCCCGCCUCCAAAUGUUUAACGGCGGCGUUGGACCAGACUUGCUACGAGACAGACAAAUAUCAAGAUACCCAAACUCCAUACAUUGAGAACAACUGCAAGUUGCGUUUGAGCAGCUAAAUCCACUGAAAAUUUUACGAACUCACGCGUUUUCAGUAUUUGAAUUUCUUAAGUGCGAAUAGAAGUCUCAACAAUGUCUACCGCAGACGAGCUCAAGGCUCUAGGCAACAAGGCCAUUGCGGAGAAGAACUUUGACGAGGCUGUCAAGCACUUCACCGCAGCCAUCGAACUCACACCCGAUAACCACAUUCUUUACAGCAAUCGAUCCGCCGCAUACGCAUCCAAGAAGGAGUACGAUGCAGCGCUGAAGGAUGCAGAGAAGACAGUUGAGCUGAAGCCUGACUGGCCCAAGGGCUACAGCCGGAAGGGAGCUGCGCUCUAUGGCAAGAGGGAUUUGGCUGCGGCCGCUGACGCAUACGAGGCUGGCUUAAAGCUCGACCCGAACAAUGCGGGCCUGAAGAACGACUUGGCGUCGGUUCAAAGGGCGAUUGAUCAGGAACUUGCAGGAGGAGGACCUAGCGGCUCUGACCCUAUGGGCGGCCUUGGUCAGAUGUUCAACGACCCCCAGCUCAUCCAGAAGCUCGCCUCGAACCCCAAGACCGCCUCCCUGCUCGCAGACCCCUCUUUCAUGCAAAAACUCCAGUCUAUCCGUUCCAAUCCCAAUAACAGUACAGAACUCUUCAGCGACCCACGCAUGAUCCAAGUUCUCGGUGUCCUGAUGGGCGUCGACAUGGAGAUGCGCGACCCCGCAGACAUGCCCGCAGGCAGCGUCCCCACCCAGGAGGACUCCCCGAUGCCCGAUGCCCCCAAGGCCCAGCCCGCCAAGGCUCCCGAACCCGCUCCUGAGCCCGAACCGGAAGAAGAAGACGAGGAGGCCAUUGAGAAGCGCAAGGCCAAGGAGGCGGCUGACAAGGAGAAGGCGAUCGGAACGGAGAACUACAAGAAGCGCAACUUUGACGAGGCCAUCAAGCACUACCAGGCAGCGUGGGAUCUUCACAAGGAUAUAACAUACCUGAACAACCUUGGCGCGGCACAGUUCGAGAAGGGUGACUACCAGGCCUGCAUCGAAACAUGCACCAAGGCUGUCGAGGAGGGUCGCGCCAUCUACGCCGAUUUCAAGACCAUCGCCAAGUCAUAUGCGCGGAUCGGCUCGGCGAACGAGAAGCUUGGCAACAUGGACGUCGCCAUCGAGAACUACAAGACCUCUCUGCGUGAGCACCGCACCCCCGACGUGCUGAAGAAGCUCAAUGCGUGUGAGAAGGCCAAGAAAGAGAAAGAGCGACUAGAGUAUAUGGACCCGGUCAAGGCCGAAGAGGCACGCGAGGAGGGCAACGCCAAGUUCAAGAACUCGGACUGGCCCGGUGCGGUCGCCGCCUACUCGGAGAUGAUCAAGCGGGCGCCUGAUGACCCCCGCGGAUACAGCAACCGCGCCGCCGCCUUUGUCAAGCUCCUCGAGUUCCCCUCUGCGUUGCAGGACUGCGACACGGCCAUCGCCAAGGACCCCAAGUUCAUCCGUGCCUACAUCCGCAAGGCCCAGGCCUACUUUGGUAUGCGCGAGUACAGCAAGUGCAUGGACGUCUGCACCGAAGCUGCGCAGGUCGACCGCGAACAUCACAAUGGUGCCAACGCCAGGGAGAUUGAACAGCAGCAGAACAAGGCUCUGCAAGCCAUGUACGCGGCCAGGGAGAACGAGACGGAGGAGCAGACCAGGGAGAGGUUGCAGCGUGAUCCCGAGAUCAUGGGCAUCAUGGGCGACCCCGUCAUGCAGGCCAUUCUGCAGCAGGCACAGAGCGACCCUGCCGCUCUGCAGGAGCACAUGAAGAACCCGAGCGUCCGCACCAAGAUCCAGAAGCUGGUCGCUGCCGGCGUCAUUCGCAUGGGUCGUUGAGGUGGUUCGUUCGGCCUUGGUCUGGUUUUUCAGGCUUUCCCACAUGCAGACAUGACUCUCUUUCUUUCACCCGGUUCUUUUUUCGGCUGGCAAAAAGUUGUUAUUCGGCUAGCAGCGCCUGAGAUUUAUUCGGAAUUGACUCAUGGGAAUUAACGUAAUGAUGUAUGAUAAUAUACAAAUUUCACGGGAGUCUGCUUGUAAUCUGUGCAUCGCCCGCGUGAAUGACCAUAGUGUUUUGGUUGUCUAGAUACCCACCUCCC